UAACGUGUGGAGUUGUGCGCUGAAGUGAGAGGGAGUGACAUAGCAGGUGCGAGAACCCCAAACUGUCACACACAUACACAUGCACAAAGGGUGAGAAAGAGGGUGGAGAAUGAAAUCAUUUCAUAGAGAGAGAGAGAUCCACACGAGAGAGUGAGGAAACAGAAAGAGUGAUUGUGAGAUACUGAAACACAAGCACAGAGGGACCAUACAAGAGAGACAGUGAGGAGGGAGAGGAAGACGAAUUGGAGUUAGAGGCGAAUAAAGAGGGACCAUGCUGAGGAGGAAGAGGAGCGUAUCCUUUGGUGGAUUUGGAUGGGUUGACAAGUCUACCAUUAGCGCCCUUCGAGCCCGGAAGCAGGAGUUGCUGACCAUCUCCAAUGUACCCCUGGCAGACUGCCCUCCCUCUCCCCCCAGAACCGCCCCUCCCACCAUGAAGUCUACUCAGUUUUUUGACAUGUUGGACAAGAUGGAGCAGGUUUCUGAGGUGGAGGAAAUGAGGCCACAAAGAUUAAAGGAUGAUUACAUUCCAUACCCACAGAUAAAGGAGGUGUUACAGCGGGGUGAGCCAUACCCUCAGGUUAUCCUGCCUCAGUUCGGGGGUUACUGGAUAGAAGAUCCCGACGCCUCUACUGCCAUCCCUAACUGGGAGAAUGGCUUCUGUGAUGAGGAAGAUGGAGAAGGAAGCAAUUCAGGACAGUUUGGCUACAGACUGGAGAGUAACUAUGCCAUUCGCGCGUACCGCAAGAACUUUCUGGGCAGGGAACAUCUGAACUUCUACUGCACGGCCAGUAACCAUGGCAACCUUGUACUGUCCCUCAGACACGAGGAGGUAAAGGAGCAAGAGUACCUGCACAUCAUUCUCAGGACUCCAUCAAAGACAAUCUAUGACAGGAUCUCUUUGGCGGGCUUGACUGAGCUCCCCAGUGUCCCUCAAUUAGCAAAGCUACUAUGUGAAGACAUUGUAGGUCUGCGGUUUAGUCCUGUGCUGUACCCAAAGGGCUCACAAUUAAUAGUGAAUUAUGAUGACCAUGAGUUAAACAACACCUUCAAGUUUGGUGUCAUCUACCAAAAGUUUGGCCAGACCUCAGAGGAGGAGUUGUUUGGGAACAAUGAAGAAACUCCAGCGUUUACAGAGUUUCUCCGAGUGUUGGGAGACUGUGUAGAGCUGCAGGACUUUAAAGGGUUUCGAGGUGGUUUGGAUGUGUCUCACGGUCAGACAGGGUCUCAGUCGGUCUACACUGUGUUCAGAGGACAGGAACUCAUGUUUCACAUCUCCACCAAACUACCCUAUACUGAGGGAGACGCGCAGCAGGUCCAAAGGAAGCGUCACAUUGGGAAUGACAUUGUGGCUGCAGUUUUUCAAGAGGAUCCCACACCUUUUGUGCCCGACAUGAUCGCUUCCAAUUUCCUCCAUGCCUUUAUUUUAGUUCAAGUGGAAAACCCUGGAACAGAUGACACCACAUACAAGGUGUCUGUCACAGCCCGUGAAGAUGUGCCACAGUUCGGCCCUCCUCUUCCCAGUCCACCCAUCUUCAAAAAGGGUCCAGAAUUCAGAGAGUUUCUGCUGACCAAGCUGAUCAAUGCAGAGCUGGCAUGCUACAGGUCAAGCCGAUUUGCCAAGCUUGAGGAGAGAACACGAACAGAACUGCUAGAUAACCUUCAUAAUGAGUUACACAAGCGCACGCAGGCAAUGCUGGGUCAUCCCCUCAGCGCAGAUGAAGAGAGGAUGGAGAACGGAGGACAUGGAGGAAUACUGGAGUCUAUUAAGCGGGCGAUGCGCGUGCGCAGUCACUCUAUGGAGGCGAUGGUGGGCUCGCAGAAACACGGCCGCUGCUCUCCGGCGGGAGGAGGCGUACCCACCAGCCUGAGCGGGGUCGGUCUGACACACAGCAACACUGAGGCUGCCAAGAGCUCUUCUCCAGUGACGUCAAGCGCCAAGUCUCCUCUGAAAAGCCCAGUGAAGAGACGCUCAGGUCUGUUCCCGCGGCUGCACACCAGUAUGGAUGGACAGCCAGAGCGCCACACACGCAGUGUCCUAAUUGAUCAAAGAAGUCUAGACAGUGGUCAUCUCUCACAGGAAGUGAGAUCAGAGACGUCGUCUAAUCCUAGCUCUCCAGAGAUCCUAAGCAAUGAGAGGCCAUCUCUCAAGCUGAAGGAGGUCAGUGGAAGACCAGAUAUCUCUCGAUCCUCCUCCAGCACCAGCAGCUUCAGCAGUGCUGCAGGAGACCCAGAGACUCUGGAGGAGAAAGAGCCUAUUUCUCCCAGUCUCUCGCCUGUCUUUGGCUCUCUGAGCACAGAGGGACAGGGCGCAGGAACGCCAGUGAUUAUGUGCCGCAGUCCGACAGAUUUUAGGAAUAAAACCUCACCCAGAUCCAACCUGAAGUUCCGCUUUGACAGAUUGAGCCAGUCUGCUGCUGUAAGACUUUGUCCUUUUAUGACUUGCUCUUUCAUUCUCUAUCAUUCUCUGUAGUGUUUCGUUGGUUGUUUAGUCAUUUAAGUGUGUGUGUGUGUGUGUGUGUGUGUGUUUUAAGGUUGGUUACUUGGUAACUUUAAACUCUCAUUUCACAGGGACAUUAGCAAAGGGAAUGUCAAAGACGACCAGAACCAUUAAAAGCAAUGGAUCAGCACUGAAAAUCAAACCGUCGGGAUGGAGGAGAGAAAUUAAGAAAGGACCCAUUACUCAAGCCUGUGCUCCCAAUCUGAACAUCACAGGAACAAGUACAUACAGUUAGCAUCUCCUUUAGUUCCUGCAGGUGGUCAACGGGUACUGACUUGGCACAUUAAUUGAUUUUGCACAUUUUGAAGUCUUUCACUGUAAAAAUAAAUAUCUUGUGAGUUAAUAAAAUACAAACUUGGAUUAGCAGGUCAAUAAUAGUAGCUAUCCUCACUUAAUAGAGUGUAAGAACAACAGAUUUUAUUUUAAUUAACAAAAUUCCCAGCACCUGAAACAUUCCACAGUAUUUUGAGACUCUAUUUUGAGACAUAAAUGAGUGGGACAAACUGUAAAAGCUUUCAUGAAACUAGCCACAGUAGAUAUCAUAGCACAAAUUAAUUUCAUAACAAAUCUAAAAUGCACUAGAGUGGUCAAACAUAAUCAAAUUGUCUAGCACAACAUUGCUUUCCUCUGUAACUCUCACACUUGUGCAAUCCCUGAAAAUCUGCCCUAAAAUCAGGCAUAGUUUGGAGAUAGUUUCAGCCUCUACUGUGUUCCCUGAAGUGUUAUUUAUAAUAUAUAUUAUUAGAAUUAAAACUUGAAGUAUUAAACUCUUUUUUUUUUAAUGGUUGCUUCCAUGACUGAUGCCUAUUAUAUUAGAAAACCACCAAUCACUCUUAUGUGUAUAUAUUUAUUGUGUAUAUUCAUGGAUUGAAAUGCUGAAGAAUAAACCUUUAUUGUCACAAACAGCUGAAAUGUGUGAAAAUUUUACACUUUUAGAGGGACUUCUCCAUUCUGGUUUUUGGUCAAAUUUAUUUUUUUUGUUUCCUUAUAGUAUAAAUUGCUUAACAGAAAGAGCUGUGUUAAUUUAUUUCUCUAUGAUUGUACUGCUGUGUAAAGGUUUCUGUAUGGCAAUGUUGAUUUUGUUAAGUAAAAUAUUGCAUUUUAAAGACUUUGUUCCAUUUGUAAGCCAGGCC